AUGGAAACAACAGAGGGCACACUCUACGUCGGCUUCGUCACUUCAAACCCAGAAAACAAGUUCUUAUCCAAGGAGCUUAACAAGGGUGAUAUUUUUGUUUUUCCACAAGGACUCAUCCACUUCCAAUUCAAUCCUAACCCCUACAAGCCGGCAGUUGCAAUUGCUGCACUUAGCAGCCAGAACCCCGGAGCAAUUACCGUUGCAAAUGCCGUAUUUGGGUCAAAGCCAAUGAUCUCGGAUGAUGUCCUGGCCAAGGCCUUUCAGGUGGAGAAGAAUACAGUGGAUUGGCUUCAAGCACAAUUUUGGGCCGACAACCACAAUUAG